AUGUCUCCAUCCCGCAGCCGGUCGUGCACGCCUAUCCUGGCGCGCACAAGUGUUAGCAUCCUCCCGACCGCGUCCGUGCUAAUCGGAUCCGACCAAAAGCGGUUUGAUGUCCGAGCCUUGGUGGAUCCGUGCUGCCCUGUGAGUCGCAUCCACAUCUCCCUGGUUAAAGCCCUUAAUCUGGCCAUCACGGGCAUUGGCGACCAACGGGUGUGCGCCACCGAGAUGCGCUCCAAGGCCUCCAAGAUGAGCAAGCAGCUUCUGAUGCUGGUGGACGAGCAAUCGCUGGACCCGAAGGUGCAGGACAUGUUUCAGAAUGUCACAUUGGCGGAUGACCGGUGGUUCCACCCAUCGUUAGUGUCGGUUGUGCUGGGAGCGGACGUUUACGCUGACCUGAUGCUGCCGGGUAUCCUCCCGGGUCAGGACGGCUUGCCGAUGGCACAAAAAUACGACGCUGGGAUGGAUCCAUUCCGGACGAUGCUCCCUCUCCGGCCCCAACAAGAGUUUAACAUGGAAAACGGCGACGGUGAGGAACCAAAACCCCGUCUGACCGUUUCUACAGCGGAGGCGUCUUCCAGAGGCAGGGCAACGAGUGAAUCCUCUGUGCCUUCCGAAAGCGAAAAUCCCUCUCGAAGCAAAAGCCCAUUAGCAACCACCACUCCACGUAAAUCUACGAGCACGUCGCUCGAAGUUCUACCGACUGCACCAUCCACAAAGGCCGCGAAAUCAGUCGUGUCUUCCCAGGUCACUAGAGCAACUGAAAGAAGGGCUCAAGCUGAGGGAGACAAGGCUUUGGUGAAAUUCACGACCAUAACCGAUAGGAUGGGUCAGUUCGAAGCCAGAUUCAACACCCCGACUGACCAAGGUCCGUCCAUCCACACGAGUAGGGUUCGACUCGAGCAGAUCAGGGCUCUCUGGGACAAGGUGGAAAGGGAGUACGAGACGUGCUCCGAAGUGCUGGCCAGUCAAAACUGCAAAGACACAAUAACAGUCAUGCAAUCCAAGUAUGACUACUGUUAUACCGUUUACGAGCGGUGCGCAGCAAACCUCAAUGAGAUCAUUGAAAAUUCACGCGCGCCACAGUCUGUUCAGUCCUCCAAUCUGACGCCGUCUCAGGGCGGAUGUCGCCUACCUCCAGUCGAGUGCGAAGUUUUCAAUGGUGACUAUGUUCAAUGGCCCACAUUUCGGGACCUUUUCUCCGCCAUCUAUGUACGCAAUCCUCGGCUUUCAGAAGUCGAAAAACUGUUCCAUCUCAAUGCAAAGACGAGCGGCGAGGCCAAAUCCAUUGUGGCCUUAUCUCCGUUGACCAAUGAUGGUUUCGAGUCAGCGUGGAGAAACUUGCAGAAUCGGUUCGAGAACAAGAGGCUGCUGGUCAAUAGCCAAUUAAAGAUUUUGUUUAAUUUGCCUUCUGUUGCCCAGGAAUGCGGAAAAUCCUUGAAGCAUUUAGAGAGCACAAUCCAAGGUUGUUUAACGGCCCUGCAAUUAGCAAGAGUCGAGACCACGAAUUGGGAUUGCCUGAUUGUUUUCCUGUGCUCGUCCAAGUUGCCAAAACUAACUUUGGCUCUUUGGGAACAGUCCCUGCUAAGUAAGUCAGAGAUUCCACUCUGGACUGAAUUCCAGGCUUUCUUAAAAGAUCGUCAUCGAACGCUUGAGGCGAUUGAGGAGUUCAAGCCAAACGCGAGCGUUCAAUCCAGGGCACUGAGGGCUGACAAUAGCUCGCGGUCGAUCCAGACCUUCGAAAACAGAGUUACGGUAAACCCGCAAUCCUGCAAACUCUGCGCACAGGAGAACCAUCCAGUCCGAUUAUGUCCUCUAUUCUUACGCAUGUCAGUCGCAGAUCGAGAGAAACAUGUAAAACAGCAGAAGUUGUGCUUAAACUGUUUCGCAAGAACGCAUCUGCUCCGGGAUUGCAACAGUACGCAUAAUUGCUACACCUGCAAUGGACGUCACAAUUCUCUCCUGCAUCGAAGCACCCCUCUGCCAGUCCAUUCAGUGGUUAUGCCUGACCAACAGUGCCAUCCAUCCACAGCAACCCAGCAACAGAUACAGUCCACUCCAUCGACGAGUCAAGCGAAUGUGCAAACGUUUCUUGCCGUUAACACGCAAGGGGUCCUACUGAGUACGGCAUUGAUAGAAGUUUGCCAUUUGGGCAUAAAAUACUCAGCACGGGCACUCAUUGACUCAGGUUCCGAGGCAACCUUCAUCUCAGAACGGUUGUUCAACCUAAUUAAGUUGCCGUAUGAGUCCAUUCAGGCCCAAGUUUCGGGGGUCAACCUUUCCGUUGCCGCUCAGCCUCGUAAGAGGUGUCAACUCAUCAUAGGUUCUUCCGUCAAGCCCCAUAUCCAGAUUGAAACUUGUGCAUACGUGUUACCCCAGUUAGCUGGUAAUCUCCCAUCCUACACUCUACCAGAGGCCUCAUUAAAGGAUCUUCCACCGUUGCAACUAGCAGAUCCAAAUUUCUUCCGAAGCUCGCAGAUUGACGUGCUUAUUGGUGCCGAUAUCCUGCCAUCGAUCCUCCUAAGCGGCUCCCAUUCCAAUAUUUGUGGAACACUCCUGGGUCAAGAGACCAUAUUCGGGUGGAUUCUUUGCGGUCCGAUUGCAGCGAGUCCCACAAGCAGAAUCUGCUCCUUUUCAGCCCGAUUAGCAGUCAAGGAAUCCAAACUAGACAGCAUCCUCACAAAAUUUUGGGAGGUGGAGGAUGUUCCAGUGAAGCUGGUUAAGGAAUCCACCUCGGUUUGCGAGGAGAACUUUAUCCGAUCCACCAAAAGAAGUGAGGAGGGAAGAUAUGUUGUUUCGUUGCCCUUUAAAGAGCCGGACAAUAUUAAGCUUGGACAUUCCAGACCCAUCGCACUAGCUCAGUACCUCCGAAACGAAGUGCGAUUAAGUAAAGAUCUUCCAUUGAAGGAGCAGUAUGACUCAGUCAUUCGAGAGUACUUAGACUUAGGUCAUAUGCACCAAGUCUCCCCUGACGACUCUAGCAGUUUUUAUCUGCCUCAUCACGCUGUCUUCAAACCAGAUAGCACCACGACGAAGGUUCGCGUCGUGUUCAAUGCUUCCAAUCCCUCAUCAAACGGGAACAGCCUCAAUGAUAUCCUUCAUGCGGGGCCUGUACUACAGUCCGAUCUGACUAUUCAGAUUCUAAAAUGGCGUUUCUUUAAGUAUGUUUUUAAUGCGGACAUAACAAAGAUGUAUCGGCAAAUCCGGGUCAAUCCUGAUCACACGCGCUUUCAGAGAAUCUUAUUCCGCAACAAAUACGGUGAGCUCUGUGACUAUGAACUCGACACAGUCACCUUCGGCGUAAAUUGUGCGCCCUUCCUGGCCAUCAGAGUGCUUCAGCAGUUGGCUCAGGACAUCCGAGGCCAAUAUCCUUUGGCCAGCGACAUCAUUUCGAACUUCAUGUACGUGGACGAUGUGCUCGCAGGGGCUCACACUCGGCAGUCGGCAGCUUUAGCCAUUAAAGAGCUUCGGCUGGCUCUCGAGAGUGCCGGUUUUCCACUGCGCAAGUGGACCUCAAACGAAAGGAGACUUCUACAAGCGAUUCCGAGGGAACAUUUGGUCAGUGCAGACUUCCUUGAGCUGGAAGAUGCCAGCACGGCGAAAACUCUUGGGAUCCGUUGGCAAGCUACAUCCGAUAGUUUCUUUUUGUUCCAAUGGUGA